UAUUACUGCAAGAAUCUGUAGGUUUCCCAGAACAGCCUGGAGAACAAAUUGAUUCUCAAGAUAAUCAGCGUACAUACGAUGAAAUGGCAAAUGCUCCGAGUAACCAAUAUCCUAUCGUUUUAAUUCCAAGUAUUAAUAUA